AUGGAUGAGGAGGGUCAAUUUCUAUCUAAACUGGAUGAAAUACGAAGUUUGUCUUCAAAACUCUCGGAGAUCCGGAGUUUGUAUGAAGAAAAUAUGUGCGAACUGAAUUGUCUAAAUUCAGAGCUCAAAGAUUCGGAAAUAAGAGCAAAACAGCUUGAGGUUCGUUUGCAGAGACGUGAAAUGCGUUCACAUCAUGAAAAGCGGUCGAAUCUUGUUGAUGAUUUACAGGAAAGUCUGAAGGAUGCUAGGGAGAAAUUGAAAUCUAUGGAUCACGUGAGUAAAGAAAAUGAGAAACUGUUAGAGGAAAACAGUCGUCUGAAAGCCAAGUUACACGAAUUGUUGUGUCAGCGUGAAGAACUUCUGGCGAGAUGUGAAGCGGAGAAGUUAGCGAAGGAGAAUUCUUUGAUUCGCAACCGAGGGUGUGUUUCUGGAGCGCCUUCUGGUGAAUCUUGUAGAGUGGAAUUGAGCUGUUUUGGGAUGAGUCCACCUUCUUCUCCAGACUCAUCUCAGCCAGGAGUGGAUACGCGAACUGAGGUUCCUGUGUCAAGUGAUUUGGGUUUUCGAGAAUGUUUAGCAUCCGUUGUGAUGGUAAAUAAUCAUCUAAAAGGAUUGGGAUUAGCUGUCUUGAAAGCUGAAAGCGAAUAUCAAAGUAUGAAGAAGAAGUUUAUCCUGCAAAGAUUCAUCUCGUUAGUUCUUCUGGCUGUUGUAAGACAUCGAGGCAGUGUUAUCGACAAUUCAAAGCAUUUAACUGAGCUUUUGAGCAAUGAAAUGAGUCGGCGAAAUUCACAGAUAAAUGGAAGACUUGAAAAAUUAAGUGAACAGGUUUCAAAUGCAGAAGUGAGAUUGAAUGAUACGAAGGAGGUGGUCUCAGAGAUGCAGAAGAGACAAAGUGAAUUAUGUGGUGAGAACAGACGGUUAACCGGUGAAUUGGGUAGAAUCAAAGAGGCGAAUGAGGUGGCCCUACACAAAUGGGAGAAUGAAGUGGAUUGUCUUAUGGCGGAAAAUCAGAAACUUAGUGCAGAGGUGACGUCUCUGCGUUGUCAUCUUGGCGAUAAUAAAGUGAAGAUGGAUGAAGAUUUGAAGAGAAUCGAUGAGGCUGCCAGUGAAGUAGAGCGGUUGAAUUUAAGACUUAGUGAUCUCGAAAGGGUGUAUAGUGAGUCGAAAGCUGUGAAUCAUAAUCUACGCGUGCAACUGAAACGAUUGAAAAACACUCUGGCUACUUCUGCUUCAGAAUAUGAAUCUGUUGUCAGUAUUAUGACGGAUGAACAUCGUCGAGAGAAAGAUAAACUGUUAUCAGACAUUAAACUUGCGGAAGAUUCGAAGGAGAUGGGUCUGCGAGAGGCAGGUCGACUAAAAGUUCUUUUGGAAGAUACAAAGAGUGAGCUGAGGAAUGAAAAGGAGAAGGGAAUUCAAGCGUCAACUUUAUCACGUGCUUUUAAAAAUGAGGUGGCCGAGUUACGAUGCGAUCUGUCUAAAACACGAGAAAAUUUGUUAGAGGUUGAAGAGCGCUUGAAAAGUAGCAACGAGUUGGUUGAUCGUUUACAGGCGACGAAUAAAGAUUUGACAGUUCAACUGUCAGCUACUGAGAAUUCCUGUUCAAUGAAGGAGAAAGAAAUCUGCAGACUGGUAACUCAAAUCGUUGAGCUGGAAUGUGAGAAUAAGCGAAGUAGUGAGAAGAUCGGUGAACUUGAAUGUUUUGUUGAGUCAGCGACAGGUGUGCAUAAGGAUCUGGAACAUCAGUGUGGAGUGUUUCGGAAGCAGGUGAGUGAAAUGGAAGCUGCCUGCUUGUCUACUCGUCAACAGCUGACUGAGACGAGAGAGCAACUGAUUAGAACGGAGGAAUUGUUGCAUAUGCAUAGAUUGCGUCUUUCACGUGCAGAGUUUGAGAAGAAUGAAUUGCGUACACGUUUAGAAUUGAUUGGGAGGAAAAGUGAAGUUGAAGGUACGGAAUUAUUCGAGUUAUAUUCUGCACGCAGAUCAGUCGGAGACGUGAUAAGACGACAGGCAGACUCAGAAACUAUCUGUUCACAAACCGCUUCUUCACUCGAAUUACCGUGUAUACCAGAAUCCCCGGAAUAUCUGUUGAAUUCAGUCACUCUCUCCCGCACUCGCAGUACUCAUGAGUUAGCCACAGUUCCUCUCAAAAUAAGAUCUGGGAAGAAUUCAUCUCUUGCUCAUUCCGCGACUACUUCCUUCUUGUCAUGUAACCCCGUUCCAAUGAUUGACAAGAGAACUGACCACAGACAUAAAACCUCAGCGGUUAAACGAUUACAUAUGCGUUUGGAACAUGCUGUUUCUUAUGAUUUAGAAACGAAGGUUGCUCGCUUUGUAGAAGCCUAUCCAGCAGUUGAGGAUACUUCAAGAGACACAGUUUUAAGAGAUGAGUAA